ACUCAUACCUUUCUCGGCCUUUUGGCUAAGAUCAAGUGUAGUACCGGUUCUUAUCAGUUUAAUAUCUGAUACGUGGUCCAUCGGGCCACACGAUAUUAAAUUUAUUUUUGUCAGGGGAGAGUCCAUCACAGUAGCUUGCUGCUGGGGCUUUCGAGCGUCGCCCUUGCGUUGCACUAUGGCCUGGGCCUGGCGCACCCUAACCAAUCCAAUACAACGAUUUUCAGAGCUCCGAGAUUCUUAUACAUUCUGCUGCCUAUGGCUGCCCUUUGUAUUUUUAUCAGUAUGGCUGCCCUUUAGAAUCUUAGAUUCCUGCUUUUCCAAGCCAAAUAGGAAGCUUCCCUGAGAACAGCUAGUUGUUACCAUGAAAGAAGGGAACCCAUGUUUCCCCUUCAUCAUUUAUAUUAUUACUUUUUUCCGCUAGUGGGGUUGGCCGUUGGGGCAUAUCUCUUUCCUUGUCCUGUACGUUGCAUUCUUUCACGGCCAGCUGCAGUGCUGCAAGCCUGCACCAACCAAAUCAAACCCAGAUUUAAAGAUUUUUUUCCUUUUUCUUGUGGGCAUCCCCCAUUUGCAGUGGAUUGCCCUCCAAAGCACGUAACUUUAAAGAGUUACUACGUGAUGUCAGAGUACUCUUAUCUCCUUUUUUUUUUCUUUUCACUUUUUCCCUGUUGCUAGAGCCUAGGAGAGAGUAUGCAGUGAGACUAAGAACUAUAUUCUAAUUUUUAAAUCAGAUAUAAUAAUCAUUGUUAUCGCAUUUUCCACGGAGAAUGGAGGUUGCUGAUUUUUAAACUUUUCCAAACAUAAAUUAUGCAGGUUUGCAAAUUGUAGAAUCACAGAAUACUUCCAUUUCCCAUGAAACAGCAACAACUCUAGGCUAUUGUUCCCACCAUUGAAAUGGCGGAGGAAACGGAGCUCAAUCUUUCAAAAAUCACACUCCGGCCAUAUAACGCGUCCGACAUCGAUGAUUUCUUGAUGUAUGGUGGAGAUGAGAAAGUGACACGGUUCACCCGGUGGAACACAUUCUCCUCCAAGGAAGAAGCUUUUUUAUAUAUCAAGGAGUAUUGCAUUCCACACCCUUAUUGCAGAUCCAUAUGCAUAGACGACCGUUCAAUUGGGUUUAUCAUCAUCACGCCACAGUCCGGGGAUGACCGAUUCAGGGCAGAGGUCGGAUACGCCUUGGCUGCUCAGUACUGGGGGCAAGGCAUAACAACUAGAGCAGUGAAGAUGGCCAUCACUGAAGGGUUGAGAGAAUUCCCAGAUGUGAUUAGGUUUCAAGCUUUGGUUGAAUUAGAGAACAAGGCUUCUCAGAGGGUCUUGGACAAACUUGGGUUCCUCAAGGAAGGUGUCAUGAGACAUUAUAGCUUCAAUAAAGAUUCUCAAUGCUACCAAGAAGCAUCGACAUAUCUUGAAAAGGUUGCCAUACCCCCACCCAUGGCCUCAGUCUAUAUGUUUGGAUGACCAUUCGAUCGUCUUCAUUUCAAUCAGACUAGAAUCCGACGCGGAGGGUGUAUGGGGAUGAGGAUUUGAGACUUUGGUUGAGGUGGAAAAUAAGGGAACUCUAAAAGGAUGCUAUGGUUGUUCAAUAUGCAUGAUUGUCUGAUUGACCUGUAAAAUCUGCGAUUCAAAUUAGAUUAAUUGUCACCCAAACAUGUAUUGAUCAAGUCUAGACAACGAAAUAUUCUUCCCAGAAGCUAUUCCAUCUAUGAAAUCCUUUAAAGCAGAAAGUAUUGGGAUUCUUAAUAUUAUUUCCAGAUCAAAUACAAAAGUUUAAUAGCAUCUAAUGGAUUUUCGUUGCUCCACAUAUGACAUUCUUAAUUAAAGCAGAAGUCUUUGGACUCCUAAAAUUAUUAUCGGAUCACUUUAAUACGUGAAAGUUUGUUGGCAUCUGACAGAUUGUGAAGUUGGGGCAAAUUCGAAUGCAAAUGCCAACAAAAGAGUCUAGUCCCACAUAGGGAAAGCAACAAGAGGGCCAAGACGAGUGGUGUCAUAUAAAAAGGAUCAAAUGGGGAUGAGAAAGUUCAUACCUUUCUCGGCCUUUUGGCUAAGAUCAAGUGUAGUAUCUGUUCUUAUCAGUUUAAUAUCUGAUAUGUGAGCCAUCGGCUCACGCGAUAUUAAAUUUAUAUUUUGAGGGGGAGAGUCCACAACAGUAGCUUGCUACUUGGGCUCUCGAGCGUCGCCCAUGCGUUGCACUACAGCACGGGCCUGGCGCACCCCACCAAAA